GAGCAGAUAAUAUUGAUGAGUGAAGUACUACCAUGGCAAAGAAGUCCCUUACCCUGGAAGACCUCAAUCAGGCUGUUAGGGAGGAAAACAUCCCCCUUAAACGGAGAUUAUCAUCUGGAGAUAUGCCAAGAAAUGAACAUACACCAAUUGUGAAGUUUCUGCUUGGAAGAGCAGAUGCUCCAAAUAUUUUUGAUGGCAGUACGACUCUGAACGGUACCUCCUCCAACACGGAAUGUCCCCACAGAAUCUGCAUCACUGAGGUGGCUCCGUCACAUAGCAGCUUUUUUGGAAAUGAAAAUAAAGAUGACUGGAAGAUGUCUAUCAAUGAGUUUUCAUCUAAGAAGCAAGGAAAAAGCAAAAGGGAUGUCCCAAAACGUAUCAGAACAUUCUACAAGAACCAGGAUGAAUUAAUCACUGCUUUUGAGGAUUUUCAUUUUGGAGUUGAUGAUGCAAUGGAACAUGCUGAGGAGAUCGCAGAGAAACAGAAAAAAGCCAGUAUCCUCGCAAAGGCUACUCUAGUCGUCAAUUUGUGUCUUUUGGGAGCCAAACUGGCAGCAGCAAUUUUGUCGGGAUCUAUUUCCAUAAUCUCCAGUUUAGUGGACAGUUGUGUGGAUCUCUCAUCUGGAAUCGUCAUAGCAGUCACAGAGAGAGCCAUGAAAAAGAGGAAUUUAUAUGAAUAUCCUCAAGGACGUACAAAGUUGGAGCCAAUAUCCAUUGUUAUACUGUCGGUGAUUAUGAGUCUAGCCUCCAUUCAACUGAUUGUUGAAAGUGCAGAGAAGAUCGUUGGAAUAGCAACAGGAAAGGGAGAAUGGCCUGAUGUUGGUAUCAUCACCAUUGUUAUUGUGUGUUCUACUAUUGUUCUGAAGAUCAUUCUUUUUCUGGUGUGUAGAAGAGUGAAGACUCCCUCAGUGGAUGCCAUGACUAAGGACCACAGAAAUGAUGUACUCUCCAACAUUGUGGCUAUUGUGUUUGGAUACAUAGGAUCCAAAAGCAUGUAUGACCAGUACAAGGUAUCGGAGUUAGUAUACCUGGAUCCAAUCGGAGCGAUCCUGAUAUCCCUGUACAUACUGGUCGGGUGGUGGUCCACUGGUUAUGGACAAAUCAAAUUGUUAACAGGACACACAGCAAAACCAGAUUUUCUGAAGAAAUUAACCUGGAUCUGUGUCAAUCAUCACCCAAAACUGCUAUAUGUGGACACGGUGCGGGCAUUUCACUUUGGAAUAAACUUUCUUGUAGAGGUAGACAUUGUUUUACCAGAGGACAUGACGCUGAAGGAAGCUCAUGACAUUGGUGAACCACUACAACAUAAACUAGAAUGCUUACCAGAAGUAGAGAGGGCUUUUGUACAUUUGGAUUAUGAGUUUGAACACAGGCCAUCUGAUGAACAUAAACAAGUGUGAUAAAGGUUUUACAGUAGAAA